AUGGUUGGAAGUAACGCACGCUAUGCGCGUUACGUCGCCAUCGCAGUCUUCACGCUCGCCAUCUUCUACUUCAUGACCAGCCCCGAUCAUGAGACGAUCCCCCUUCAGCGCCCGCCCUCGCACCCGGCCAGCCGGCCACCAGGGUCCGAAGUGCCCCCGUCUCACUCGCCGGCCGACGAGAUCAGCCCUCCGCACAGAAAGGAGUCGGACGAUCAAGUGACGCUUCAGAAGCCGAGUCACGACGACGAAAAGGACUUCCCGCUGGCCAUGUCCCCGAUGGACCCCAACUGGGACGAUGAUAUCGUCGGCCUCGCGCGCGGCCCUCGCAUGAACGCCACCUUCGUGACGCUCGCGCGCAACAGCGAUGUCUGGGAAAUUGCUCGAUCGAUCCGCCAGGUCGAGGACCGCUUCAACCGCCGAUACAACUACGACUGGGUCUUCCUCAACGACCAGCCGUUCGACGACACCUUCAAAGAGGUGACGACGUCGCUCGUCUCCGGCAAGACGCACUAUGGGCAGAUUCCGCAGGAGCACUGGUCCUUCCCCGAGUGGAUCGACCAAGAGAGGGCCAAGAAGACGCGCGAGGACAUGUCGGCGCGAAAGAUCAUCUACGGCGACUCGGUCAGCUACCGCCACAUGUGCCGAUUCGAGUCGGGCUUCUUCUUUCGCCAACCACUCAUGAUGAACUACGAUUACUACUGGCGCGUCGAGCCAUCCAUCGAGCUCUACUGUGACAUCCACUACGAUCCCUUCCGCGUCCUGCACGAGAACGGCAAGAAGUACAGCUUCGUCCUGAGCCUGUACGAGUACGUCGAGACCAUCAAGACGCUGUGGGACAGCACCAAGAAGUUUAUGAAGAACCACCCCGAGUACAUUGCGGCCGACAACUCGAUGAAGUUUCUGAGCGACGACGGCGGCGAGACGUACAACCGGUGCCAUUUCUGGUCCAACUUUGAAGUAGGCAGCCUCAACUGGCUUCGCAGCAAGCCUUACAUCGACUAUUUCGAGUCCCUCGACAAGGACGGCGGCUUCUUCUACGAGCGCUGGGGUGACGCGCCCGUCCAUUCCAUCGCUGCUGGCCUGCUCCUGAACAAGAGCGAGAUUCACUUCUUCAACGACAUCGCCUACUAUCACGUCCCCUUCACCCACUGCCCGACGGGCGAAAAACAUAGACGGGACCUCCGCUGCCACUGCAACCCCAAGGAGAACUUUGACUGGAAGGGCUACUCUUGCACCAGCCGAUACUUUGAGGUCAACGACAUGGAAAAGCCCGACGGCUACAAGGAUCAGACAAAGUAA